CCAAUGCUUGCUAAUUUUGCUAUCAACUUGCUUACAAUACCAGCCUCAGCUGCUGAUUGUGAGCGUAAGAUUAGCGAGCUCGGUGACACGCUAGGCACGCGGCAGCUGGAAAUAAAGCUUGAGUUGCUUGACACGCUGCAGUGCUUAGAAUGCUGGCGG